UGUCUUCCAGCAUCUGAAAGGUUGACAUGUAGAAACGGGACUGACCCAGUUAUGCUUGGCCCCAAGGGGCCAAGAAGGAUGGAUGCACGGGGGUGGGGGGCAGUUUCUGGGGUGUCCAAAGAGGGAAUGCAUGCGUGGCUGCCUCGGGCUGGGGCGCAGGGGGAGGAGGCGAAGGAGAAAGCCGGAAUGCGGUGGGCAAAAGUCAGUAGGAGGGGUGUUCUGGUAGGACAGUCGCUGUCACCACUUUUCUGUGACGUCACUCCGAAGCCGUCCUGCGCCUCUGUGGGUGGGUGACAUCUCCCACGAUCCCCAGGGGGCGGUGACGUCAGCACGCCGCCGGAGGGAGAAGCGAAGGGGCCCCGCAAGCAGGGCGGAAGUCUAAGCGGUCACUCCGCGGACUCGGCUCCUUUAAGAGCAGUCUCCACCUCCUUGUUCUAAGGGACUCCGGAAGGCCAAUGGCAGGACCGGGAAGAUGUGACGUCAUAACAGCGGGGGCGGGGAGGGCAUGCCUGGGUCUCUCAAGAGAGGCGGGGCUGGACCAGGCCUUGAUUUCCCCUCCCCCAUCUAACUCCUCCCUCGUCCUGCCGGGCCUGGGCCUUCUCGAGAGCCGACUCUGACCUUGACCCUGAUCCCGACCUUGGCCUCUCUGCGCCCUUAGCCCCCAGCUCCAGUCCUGUCUCGCGUGUCCCCCGAGGUCCGUUUCCUUUUAACCCCAAUUUUCCAUCUUUGUACCCGGGGCUCCACCUGCCCCUCUGGUCCAGAUUCCCUGCUCCACCCCACCCACUCCCCCCACGUGAUCCAGUGUGGUCCCCACCCUCUGCGUCCCAGCCUCUCCCUCUUGUCUCCAUCCCUGUAUCUUUCUCGCCCCCACCCUCCACCCCCAGCCCGUGCCAAUGGCAUCCUCGGGCCUGGCAGGGGAUCUGAGGGCCGUGCUGGGGGGCCAGGGGCUGCCAGUGCUGGACUAUGACUCUGUACCCCCAAAGGUCUCACCUGCGCCUGUGCAGCUCAGGAAGAAUGUCUCCUAUAUCGUGCUGGCUGUCUUCUUCAACGACCAGGAUGAAGUGUUAAUGAUCCAGGAAGCCAAAAGAGAGUGCUAUGGGUCUUGGUAUCUACCUGCUGGGAGAAUGGAGCCUGGGGAAACCAUUCUGGAGGCACUGAGACGAGAGGUGAAGGAGGAGGCGGGCCUGGAGUGCGAACCAUUGACGCUGCUGGCCGUGGAGGAGCGAGGUCCCCGCUGGAUCCGCUUAGCCUUCCUUGCCCGCUCCACAGGUGGGAUCCUCAAGACUUCUGAGGAGGCAGAUAAGGAGUCCCUGCAAGCUUGCUGGUACCCUCAUGCCUCCUUGCCCACUCCGCUUCGUUCCCAUGACAUCCUGCCCCUCAUAAAACUGGGUUCCCACUAUUACCAACAAGCUAGACACCCUCCUACUCUACCCCAAGAGCUUCCCUGCAAGCUUAUCUGCCAGCGACUUAUAGCCGCCUUUACCAGUGCCAAGAAUAUAUGGGUGUUGGCGGGUAAAGAAGGCAGUCUCCAUUUGCCCAUCACAGCCUGUGGACUCACCCCAUCAGAGCAGAAUAGCAGCAUUGUGGUGUCAGUGUUUCGACUCCUACAACAGUGCUUGACACUGUCCCAGUUGACAGUGAAGACCCAGGGGGUACUGGGGCUGCAGCAUCUGGGCAAGAACCAGGCUGAUGGGAUCUGCCUGAAUGUGCUGGUAACGGUGGCCUAUAAAAACCCAGGUGUCCUCAACAAGCCACCUGAGAUUCAAGGAAUCAACUUCUGCUGGUGGCAGGUGGAAGAGGAAGAUGUGCAAAGCCACCUCCUAAAGAGACUUCAAGAAGUGUCUGUUGUCCCAAUCCACAGUUAACAGGGCUGCUGGGAAAUGAGCACACAUAUAGGCACUGACGUCACACUGCCGUGGUUUUGAAUCUUCUAGGAUGCCUGGGAAUUGAGCCCACAGAGAUCUUCAUGGGUAUAAAUAGGGGCCUCCGGGUUCUCAGGUCACCAGCCUUCUUCCACUCCAGUGUCACUUUUUGCUUAUCAAGAAGGACAAUGACUGAACUUGGGCAGAGAGUUCAGAGCCCAAAGACUGGUCACCUAAGGCAAAUUGAAAGCCUAUUCAUCUUAGCGCCUGAGACUAUUAGAACAGCGUGGCUGCAGAUGAAAUCAUGCCUACUUAUCUCUAGUGGCCACCCUGCCAAUGGUAACAUCUUUAUCUUCUUCAACACUGCUGAAGCCUGUGUGGGCCAGUAGAAGGGUACGAUGUUGGCCCCUCCAUUGCUGCUGUGUGCCCCCUUCCUGAGCAGUUGGGUGUCUAACCAUGUCAUCCCCCUGCUCAAAAAUAGUUCUAUAAAACAUAAACUUCUGUAUCUGGCA